AUGCUUGAUCACAAGCCUGAUGUUAAUGAUUUCGUGGAACCUCGUAUCAGUGGCCCUCAAGCUGAUGCCGUUAUUGCAACUUUGGGGUUUCCCAAUUCUCAUCGUGUUGAAGCAACUGGUUUUUCGGGAGAUAUUGCUGAUCGAAAAGGAGGGACUGGUUCUUCUUUACCUUGUAAAAAUUUUCAGGAUUUCCCCAUGGAUUAUGGCAUCCAAGAUAUGGCUUUCCAUGGUCCUCCUUAUACCUGGACUCGGGGUUUCACACAUGCUCGUCUCGAUAGAGCUCUUUGUAAUAGCUAUUGGGAUGAGCUUUGUCCUGAAUCUAUUAUCCAUCACCUUCUCCGUUUUCGAUCAAAUCAUCAUCCCAUAUUGCUUCAGUUACAUGAAGAUUUUCAACGCAGGUUCAAGAUAAUUGGAUGGAUAAGGGAAAUUGCCAAUUUCACUAUAGCGGCUGAUUCCUGGAACAAAUCUGUUUUUGGGUACAUCAGAUCAAAGAAAAGGAUGGUUAUGGCUUGCCUUCAGGGUGUUCAAAAGGCACUUCAAACCAGCAACUCACUUUUUCUCCAUAAUUUGGAAGCCUCUCUCUUAACUGAACUUGAAUCUCUCCUUGAUCAAGAGGAACUUUUAUGGCGUCAAAGAUCUCGUGAAGAUUGGAUUUCCCUUGGAGAAUUUGUUCGUCACUUCAAGUCUUUAUUCUCGGUUCAAGACUCCCACCGUGAUGUUUUUCCUUGUCGGGGCAGAUUCCCUUUAAAUCCUUCGGCCACGUGGGCUGCCUUGGAAACAAUUCCAUCUCCGGAUGAGAUUCGUUCUGCUAUAAAUGACAUGGCACCUCUUAAGGCUCCUGGUUAUGAUGGGUUACAUGCCGAAUUUUUCCAAAAGCAUUGGUCGACAGUUGGAAACUCUAUAUGCGCAUGUAUUCAAUCUAUCUUUAGUGGCGGUUCUCUGGAAUAUGAUCUAAACAAAAAUGUUAUUGUGCUUAUCCCCAAGAUGAAAAAUACGGACCUUCAUGGAUUUUCGCCCCAUUAG